CGAGCCAUGACGGGUAUAUGAGAUCAGUCUAUUGUAUUGUGUACUUCAGGUUGUAGACGUGCUCUAGCUUUUCUUCUUGAGAAAAAUAUCCUUUUCUGAUCUUAAUCGAGUUGAUCGACGCGUCGUGCCUUAUUGGAGACGAUGGCGAGGAUAUCCCAAAAUCAGAUUAUCGCGACAUUGACGUCCAACCCUGUGGCUACGGGGAUCUGCGCUACAGCUGUGUUGGGUAUUGUUUGGACGAUCCAUGAUUUCCGAGAGUGGAUAGCUUUUGGGACGGGCGGAUCAUCACCUACCUGCAGAGGUUACUUACGCAUGACCAAACUCCGCAUCAAACAGGCCCUCUCGAACAACAACCUCCUCGAUGCGUCUGUUCUCAAACAGACCGGGCCCUCGUACCUCCCUUCCGCGCCUCUUCCUCCCCGCCGCAGUCCCCGCCCACACAUCAUCCCGCGCAUUCUCCCCCAACGCCAACGCCCCGAACCCAUUCCCCCAGCCAUGCUAUCCCGCCUCCACUCCAUCGUCCCCGACCUAGCCUCCGCACAUCCGGACCUCUUUGAGCUCAGCCCCAGCAAGACGGAAGGCAAGACAACGGAUGGGUUGUAUGCGCGCGCGGAUGUCGAUACGCUGAACCCGGUGACCAGGGAGGUAGCGAUCCUGGACCGGGAGAUCGCGCAUGUGCAUCCCACGGAGUAUAGUUUGCAUGUGUGGUUGAGUGAGCGGGAUGCGAGGGCGGUGAUUGAGAGAGGCUGGGGAGCGAGGUUUCCCCCGUUGGAGGGAGUGCCGCCCGGGUGGGUGUUUGUUUAUGCUCCGCGGGAUGAAGCGGAGAUGGAUGUCGUGGAGGGCAUUGUGAGAGCGGCAGUGGGGUAGGUUACGGAAGUGAGGGUAUAAAUCGAAUUGU